GUAUUAGGGCUCAGUAUUUGGCUCCUCUGGCGCCCACGAACACAAUACCCUGACAGCCCAAGGCCGCAGCAGUGCUAGCCAUGCCUCCAGUCACGUAUGACAAGCAGCUGGUGGCCCAGGCCGUGAAGGCGUUUCUUCCCCCAUGCCCAAUGGCAGCGCAGGCCGCCAACCCGCGCUGCAACAUCCCUGUGGGCGGCGGCGGGCCGUUUGAGCCCGUCCGCAACUCCUUUAAGAAGGCGCUGAAGGUGCGUGCUCGCUCAGCGCUUCUUGCUCAAGAUCUCGGCAGCCAAGAAGGCGCGCACGCCAAGACGGGCGGCAAGAAGCGCUCCGCCAAGACCAAGGUCAAGAUCUCGGCGGCUAAGAAGCGUCGCGUUUGACAGUGUGAUCCGAUGUUUGUUAGUGUGCUUGGGCUUUGUGUAGAAUGUGAAUGCGGGGUGGCGGGAGGAAUAAGUGACUUUAAGUUUAAGGGACUCCUGGUCAUGUCCAGGUGGAGCGGUAGCGCACUUGCAUCUUCGAGCAUUUCGAUG